AUGGCAUUGCACAAACGCCACCCAGUAGGGUAUUUUAAGUGCUCUAGGGGCAAUUGUAGGACGAAAUCCCUUAUUUCAAGGGCAGCGGGCACGUGGUUUGAAGGCGUCAAAAUAAGCUUUCCCCACGUGUUUUACAUAAUGUAUUGCUUUGCCCACCGCUUUACUCGGGAAGGUAUUUAUAGGGAAAAUUAUGUGAGCGUUGGAACAAAACUGUCAUCUGCCACUAUCUCCGACUGGUAUAGCUACUGCAGAGAAGCGGUAGUUAUAUUUCAGUUAGACCAUCAAGAAUUCAAAGGGAAGAUUGGUGGUCCAGGUAAGGUAGUGCAGAUUGACGAAAGUAAAUUCGGGAAACGCAAAUACCACAAAGGAAGACGCGUAGAAGGGCAUUGGGUGCUGGGAAUGAUAGAGGAUGGCAGUGAGGACCUCAGACUGGAGGUAUGCUCUGACAAUGUACGUUCCGCUGAGGUCCUCAUCCCUCUUAUUCGUAAACAUGUUCACGAAGGAACAACCAUAAGGACCGAUUUUUGGCGCGCAUAUGAAUGCCUCCCGGAGUAUGGUUACAACCAUGAAAAGGUUAACCAUAGUGACCCUGACAAUCCAUUCGUCGCCGAGGAUGGCACACACACCCAAAGAAUAGAGUCUCAUUGGCGUGUAGUAAAAAGAUUCUUUUACAAAGAUAACUAUAAUAAUCCGGCAAACUUUGCUGAUGUUAUAGUAGAAUUUCUAUAGAGGCGGGAAAUCCAAAAAAAACAU